UUGCGCACUGGGCCCCGGGCGCGCGGCGGCACCAGGCUUUGUGUGUGCGCGUAUGUGUGUGAGUGUGUGUCUGUGCGCGAGUGAGAGAGCGGGCGAGUGUGGCGAGCAGGACCCGGCGGGCGCGCUCCCCCAGCCUCCCUCUCUCUCUCUCUUUCCUCUCUCUCUCCCUCCCCGCCAGAACCAUGUCGGGCAGGUCGGUUCGAGCCGAGACCAGGAGCCGGGCCAAAGAUGAUAUCAAGAGGGUCAUGGCGGCUAUCGAGAAAGUGCGCAAAUGGGAGAAGAAAUGGGUGACCGUUGGCGAUACAUCCCUACGAAUCUACAAGUGGGUCCCUGUGACGGAGCCAAAGGUUGAUGAUAAAAACAAGAACAAGAAGAAAGGCAAGGACGAGAAGUGUGGCUCGGAGGUGACCACUCCAGAGAACAGCUCGUCUCCUGGGAUGAUGGACAUGCACGAUGAUAACAGCAACCAGAGCUCCAUAGCAGACGCCUCCCCCAUCAAGCAAGAGAACAGCAGCAACUCCAGCCCUGCCCCAGAGACCAACCCACCCGUGCCCAGCGAUGGCACCGAAGCCAAGGCUGAUGAGGCGCAGGCCGAUGGAAAAGAGCACCCUGGAGCUGAAGAUGCAUCCGAGGAGCAAAAUUCACAGUCUUCGAUGGAAAACUCGGUGAACAGCUCCGAGAAGGCAGAACGGCAGCCAUCUGCAGAAUCAGGGUUAGCGGCAGAAACGUCGGCAGUCUCUCAGGAUUUGGAAGGAGUGCCGCCGUCUAAAAAGAUGAAGCUGGAAGCCUCUCAACAGAACUCAGAAGAGAUGUAGACGGCCCGGCGGAACCUUCUGGUCCAUGUUUCAUGGCAGGUACAUCGGCAGGCUUAAUUCUAGAAACACGGCCCAAGCGACUCCUCUUGGGCGCGAGCAGAACUAACGUUUCAAGUUUACUAAAGUGCAAAUCCAAGAAGAACCUAGAGCGGCGGCGGCAGCGGAACUUCGCAGACACUUGACGGACUCUGCCGUGAAACCGAAACACUCGAACCUUCAAGUGACUGCCCUCUGGGAGGUGGGUCGACAGCUCAGGAGUGUGUGCGCACUGUCUCGGAAGCCAAGAUUACAUUUGUGUUGCUGCUGUAUCCCCCUCCCCUCACUUCUCUAUUUAACGAUAUAAGCUAUUCGAGGGUGGUACCAAUCAGGAAUUUGCUUUCCAUAGGGGCUUUUGGCUCUUCAACCAAUUCCUUCUGCUUUCUUUUUUUGUGCCUUGUACCCUAGAGGUGACCUCCGGCAUGCUUCCUGGUUUUUGCAUCUCUCCUGGCAAAGUGCCCACUUGUUUUGGUUGGCUGCUGCCCCCACCCCCACCCCUUAUUGCCUCUCUCCUCCCUGCCCCAAGACUGCUUCAAAGCAAGCAGGGUAGAGCGGCGGGAGACCAGGCACCUUUCAGUGACCCCCUUGGUUCAGGUGAGCAGUGUUUGGGCACACCCUGAGCCCCAACUUCCAGGGCCCCUGGGGCUACAAGUUUGCGGGGGCCGGUUUCCCGAGGGCUGGCCUCCUUGGUCAGGACACGCCCUCACCUUUUGGAGCCAUGGAGGCUAGGCGUUUGCAAGGCAAGGUAGCCCAGAUUGACAUGCAAAAGCCUUUAGAUUUUUCUGGCACUUCCACCCUAUCUCCCCUCCGCCCCCUAACCUCACACCCCGACUCUGGCCACAACUGGCACUGCGCUCUCCAGGUCCUCCGAAGACGAAAUGACCAACUGAGCUUGUCUCCUUAGGAUAGUAAAGGGCUGGGAGGUUGGGAGCCGGCGGCCGGCAGGAAUAGCUGGUGCUGAACUAACUCUCCCAUAGGACAUUGCUUGGAUUUCAAAUCCAUGGUAACCUGCUGCCCUUUGUCCCUGUCUCCUAUCCACCGCACCCCAAGCCCCCCAAAACCCCAGGCAGGAUGCGCCUGGUAUGGCCUGACUCUGAGAGGCUACAGGUGGAUGGAGACCCAUUCCCAGUACCGCGCUGUUGGUCUCCUCUGGGGACCGGACCUUAACCAUUGGGCCUCAGGCCAGAAGCAAGGCACAGAGGAACCGGGAAGAUUUGCACACAGAUUUGCCCCCCCAGAAAGGAGCCUCCGAGGCACUUCCUUCCCCUGCUCUUCCUUGCACGGAGACAGCUCUCUCUCACUCAGUGGAGACGCCACUUGGACAGACGGACUGCUCAGCUGUUGAUUUCUGAGGCCUGGUUUGCUCUUAAUCCCUUUGCUGGACCCCUCAGAUCUGAAAACCUUCCCCUAUGCUUUCUUACUGCACUGGAGUUCGAACUCCCUAUGAGUUGUGUGUUGGGGGGAGGGGCGGGCGGGGUGGGUUUUGUUUUUUUGUUGUUCUUGUUUCGUUUUGUUUCGUUUGCUAAUUGGUGCAUAUUCAGGUACCACCUUUUGACGUGUGGAUCUUUCUCCAAACCACCACAAGAAGUGUCUGCCGGGCUCCGUUUUCUAAGAGUUUCUGAGGGGACAGCUCCCAUUUCUUUUUUUGGUUUCAAGGGAGCUGUCUAUUUCCUAUACUUCAAGAAGAAUCAAAAUGUUCCUGAAUUUUAAAUACCUCAUGCAAAAAUAUCUCCUGAAAUAAGGGAAAAAAAAAAAACUUUGAAAAAUCGUAAUGUUGAAGUUAGCGAUGCUAAAAUGUUUCUGUCUUAAAAAACAAAAAAAUUGUUGUAAUACUUAGCGAUUUUGCCCCUCAGGCGGUCAGUUCUGUCCAGAACUGUGUUCUGCGUCUUGGCCCGGAAGCAACCGGAUGCAUGACCUCUGAACGGAUCUCAAGGCCAAGGCAUCUUUACCUCCAGAUUCUAGAGUUAGGGCAACAACAGUUUUCUUUUGCAGCAAAACUCCGUUCUGGUGAAAGAUGAAUUUGGAUAUUUAUUUCUUUUUCUGGGAAACAAGAGGUUAAACAACGUAAGCAGCUGAGGGAGAACCCAACACGGGCAUCCACGGAACCAGCGGGCGCGGCCAGGGCCGCCUAUACCUCUUCUACCCUCCGCAGCCUCUCUGGACAGUCAGGAGGAGUCGAUACAGUUGAGAAAGAAGACAACGAUGAGGUUCGAGGUACCGAGGCUGUCAUUAGUUUUUCUCUGAAGUGCCUGAACGUAGGAAUGGGCCGUCGACGGAGGGGACCAUUCGGAUGUUCCCCCACCUCGCGACGGCCGCGCCAGGCAAAGAGCCAGCAGCCCUGCACUCCACACUGGCCAGGAAAAGCCUUCCACGAGGAGCGGUCAGACUGCAAAAUCCAAUGUGCUUCCUUCCCCGCCACGGUCCUCUCUCUCUCUCGGGGAGCCGAUGGUCCCCGUCCCUGAACCCCCUAGCCCGCAUCCCCACCACAGAAUCUAAGACCUUUCAUCUGGCCGAGCCAGGGGCAAAGGGGAUCCUAAGCAAAUGCCUUCCGUGGACAACAGGCCCCACGGCCUAAAGGGCUCCCAGGGCAAACUUUCCCCCAACACUUGAAGGGGGGUGGGGGGGAUGGCGGCUACACAUUCCACUAAGUGCAGCACUCGCACCCACAACCCGGAAGGAAGGCUCUUAAGCGAUUCUCAGAGGGUGGUGACUGCCCAUCAUCGUCAGACGGUGUCGUGGUUUGGAAUGUUAAUUAUCGCAGAGGACCUGGUAGAGGUAUAAAGACCUUUUUUCACUGUUACCUAAUUUUUUUUUUCCUCUUACAAUUUUUUUUUUGGUGUGUUGUACAGCAGUAUAAUUUUUCACUUAUUUAUUCCAUCGGUAGAUAUUGUUUGUACAAUGUACAAUGGUUUCAUUUCAGAAAAUAAUAAUAAUAAAAAAAAAAGUUCUGAUCAUGAG